GUUGAAAUGCAACAAAGGAGUGUGCCAUGACUCAGAGCGCGAUAACGAAGCCAGUUAUUUAAACCACAUCUCAGUUUGUUUCCUUUGGACUUUUACAUAUCUAUCAAACAUUUGAAAAGCAUUCCUCAAAUUUCAACUAUCACUUUAUCAUGCGUGUACUAGUAGUCGGCGGAACAGGAAACGUUGGAAAGCUCCUUCUUCAACAAUUACUAGAAAGAGGUGUCGAAGUACGGGCCAUUGUUCGUUCCCCCGAAAGCAUUCCUGCUACAAUAUCUGGCAAUCCAAAACUAUCUUUGAUUGAAGCAAGUUUGCUGGAUAUUAGCGAGGAUGAGUUGAUCACUCACAUCCGAGGGUGUGACGCUGUCAUGUCGACCCUUGGGCAUAAUAUGCACCUUGGUUCUAUUCCUUUUCUUGGAAUCUGGGCGGCACCCCACGAUUUGGUUCUGAGAGCUUCAAAAAACUUGUGCGGCGCAAUUGAAAAAAUCCGACCAGAAACACCCAUAAAAUUCAUUCUCCUCAACACGGUUGGCGUCACCAACCCAGCAGGAACCGACGUUGGAGUGAGAAGCCGGACUGAGAGGGCAAUAUUCUGGACGCUCGAAGCUCUGAUUCCUCCACAUAAAGACAAUGUCCGUGCUGCCGAGUACAUCAACAAAGAGAUUGGAACAGGAAAUCAAUUCAUUGAGUGGACCGCUGUUCGCCCUGAUGCCUUCAUCGAUGGAGACGUUAGCGAAUACACCACCCACGAAUCAAUCCAACAUUCCCUUUUUGACGUUAACGACACCACAAAAGCAAACAUUGCCCACUUUAUGGCUGAAUUGGCUACGAACCCCGAAACAUGGGCUACUUGGAAGGGCAAAAUGCCAGUGAUCAUUGACGCGAAGCAGAAAAAGCAACAUCAGUAAUACUAGGAAUAGAGUGUACGUAGGAUUUCUAACUAUAAUAUUAUGUGCCAAUCGUCACUGUCAUCCCGCA